AUGGGAAACCCCGGCAUGGCUGAAGGAGGUGUAUUGAUUCGUAAUGCAAAUGGUGAGUGGGUGAAAGGAUACGCUAGAGCAAUUGGUUGUGCUACUAGUGUUGCAAUGGAGCUUUGGGCUUUAAGGGAUGGUAUUCAGCUCUGUAUAUCUCUUAAAGUUCCAGCGAAAGAUAUGGAUAACAAAAAUGGUGUUGGCAUUUUAGUAGUUGACUACAAAGAAGGGAUGAAGAAGAUUCCUUUGGUGCAUAUUCAACCCUGCUACAAAGAGGCAAACAAGUGUGCCGAUGCGCUGGCACGCAGGGGAGCUUCUCUAGCACAGGAUUUUACCAUUUUCAUGGAUCCCCCAGCUGAUGUAGCUUUUCUUCUUAAUUUAGAUUCUGCUGGAACUAUUUAUUUUCGUGAUGUAGCCUUUGUUGUGGAAGGCAGUUAG